CUCUCCUCUCACUACCCGUCCGCUAGACCCAGAAUUCCCCGCGCCUGGACAAGAUGGAAGAAAGCAUCGGCCGCAAGACGACAAUGUUUUGUCUAUAACACCUCAAAGGAACGAACAAGAGAAGAAAAUACCAACAUUUAUAGCCAGUCGCGGUCAUGUGUAGGAGACCCCUACCUGGCCCCAUCUAGUGUUUCCCCUCCUGCACUUGCCAUGAGUAUUAUCCAAGACAAGCUAGGCAACGAGUUCCUGCAAAGCAACGGGGGCAUGGACCCCAACUUCGCCCCGGGUAUGCUCAUGUUUAGUCACCUGCCGCCCGUCACCAGCUUCACCUGCCUGACUUCGCAGUCAGUCAUGGGGGGCAACCAACCCCAGGAGAUUAUCCUAAAAAAGGAACGUGACUCUCCUCCCCACGCCGGCGGCUUCCUCCAUGGCAUGGGCAUCAAGCAGGAGCGGAUGAGCGAGCUGGAUUACCGUGUGCCCCUCUAUGGUGGAGGAGGACUGGGUGGCAGCUGUGGCGGAGGAGGGGGCAUGCGGAAGGGCAAUGAGAUGCUGGAGAUGCAGUUUGGUGGAGGCCACCACCACAACCAUCAGAACAUGCUCCUGCAUGACCUCAGCAACGGCCGAAUUGGAGAGCUGGUGUCUGGAAGACCAGUGAAAGGGACAAAAGAGUCGUCGGGAAGAAGACGGAAGAGCGACGGGGAAGGGAAAGCCAGAAGAAAACGUGGAGAACACAAGAUGUUGGACGGCGAAGGGGGCGGCCAGUCUCCCAACUCCAAACCACACAUCUGCGAGCACUGCAACGCCGCCUUUCGCAGCUCCUACCACCUCCGCAGACACGUACUCAUUCACACAGAUCGCACAGGUGAGAGGCCUUUCCGGUGCAGUCAGUGUAACAUGAGCUUUAUCCAGAAGUAUCUGCUGCAGCGGCAUGAGAAGAUCCACAGCGGAGAGAAGCCCUUCAGCUGUGACCAGUGUAACAUGUGCUUCAUCCAGAAGUACCACAUGGAGCGGCACAAGAGGACCCACAGCGGAGAGAAGCCAUACAGGUGUGACACCUGCCAACAGUUUUUCUCGAGGACAGACCGGUUACUAAAGCACAAGCGGACCUGUGGAGAAGCCUUAAAGAAGGGCCUAGACCCCAGCAUGCUGCAGCUGGCCGACGCAGACAUUGGCCACGGCAGCUACUCACUCACUCAGGGAAAUGCUACUGCCACCUCUGGACGCAGGAGGGGCAAGUCCAAAAACGCAGGCGAAGGCAUCGAGCGCAAGCGUAAGAGAACUGUGGCCGCCACCGUGUCGUCGGGAAGCCUGCAGGACUACGGCAUGGAGUGCUCCGACCUCGGGCCCAGCAUGCAGGGCCGCACACCCAAGCUGGUCUUCAAGAAGGCCAAUAAGUCCCUCAACUCCAUGGAGGACGGGGGGCAGAAGCUGCUGUCUCAGAAGCAGGGCUCCAUGGAGCUGUCGGUGGGCUCAGGGCUUGAGGCCAUGGGCCUCCUCCAGGGCUCCUCCGGUGGGGGAGCCAAGCAGGCCCAGUCAGCCACCAGGCAGGCCCAGUCAGCUACCAGCAACAACUACGACGACGCCAUGCAGUUUGUGAAGAAGCGUCGCUACCUCCAACAUAUGUCCAACAGCGACUAUGGGGCACCCUCCCUCCACAUGGGCCAGCCCCAGUCCAGCAGUGUGAUUCAGGGCUCGCUGGGCCACCACAACGAGCCCACCAUGGCCAUGCUGGACGCCUUGCCCCUGGACCUCAAGCACCAUGACAAGUCAUGCAUCCCGGACGAGGUGCUCCAGAGCUUGCUGGACCAUUACAGCCACAAGUCAGACAACGCGCACCACCACCAUAGUGACGUAAGCUUUGACCUCACCGACAGCAGUGGCCCGCACCAUGUGGACCUGCAGCCGGCCGCACCUGUCACCCCAGAGCUGGAUGACGACUCCCCCAACGGCGGCGACAAGCAGGUGGUGAUGAGCGAGUACUCCAAAUUCCUACUGCAGGCCCUAGAGCGCACCAGCCACAGUGGGCCCUUCCCCACUCUGGGUCCCAGCAGGCCCUUCCCUCUGCUCCCUAGCAGCUCCAGCCCCACCGGGCCCCUCUUCCCUGACAAGCAUCUCUACACUACAUCCCCGCAGGAAUGUGGCUACCCACCAUCCAUCUCCUUGCCGUUGCCCAUCUCCACAGUCUCCUCUUCUUCGUUGUCAUCCUCUAAGUCCCACUACGGCAUGCUGGUAGGCUCCCUGUCCCAGCCGGCCUUCCACCUCAAUGGCCUGGAGGCGGCUAGCCACCAGCAGCUCACCCCGUCUCAGGAGCUUACCGAGCAGCUGGAGAAGCAGCACCACUCCCAUGGGUUCCAGCUCACACCCCAGGAGCUGACAGCCGCCGGCGGGGCCACCAAGGAGCAGGGGGCCAAGGGCAACAGGAGCAACGGCUCCGGCAACUACGCCGACCUAGAUGUACCCAAGGAAGUGGACCUUCGGGCUACCUACCAGAUCGAGAACUUUGCCCAGGCCUUCGGCUCCCAGUUCAAGUUGGGCCGCCAUACCCCGCUGGGUUACAGCGCUGGCCUCGGGCCCGAGGUCGACCAACGAAUACGGGCUACUGUGUCAGAAUUCUCAGGGUUUACCAGUUUGUUAACUGAUGUCAGCGAGCCAGUUAGUACAGGAUCGAAAACUGCAACAAGCCAAAGUUUCAGGUAAGGAUUAAAAAUAGGUGAACCUAGUUGUGGGUUUUGUUUUUCUUUGUGUUCCUAUACCCUUCAUUUUCUUCUUGUAGCGAGAUAAAAAAAAAAAAUGAAACACUGCCAUUAAAUGUUGAUAACCAGAACUCUACCAGGGAAGGUCUUUAAGGCCUCAAAUGCAAUUUUUUGAUAUUUUUUUGUAUCUGUAUUUAGUCUUUAUUUUGUUAGUGUAGUUGCUAUGAAAUGAACUAAACCUAGAUUUGUAUGUAAUUUUAAAACAAAAAAUUGGGGGGUAGUUAUGAACUUAAUUAUUUUUCUUUCACCUGUAACCCCUUGUUUUUAACAAUCAUACAGUUGUAAAGUAUUAAUGAAUGAUGAUAAUUACAAUAAUAAUAAUUAAGUUUGUGUCAGGGAAAAGCCCAGAAUUCAAAUGGCAAAAAAAGUUAUAUAUUGUCUGUUACAAGAAUUGUAUUACUCAGGAAUUAAGGCAAAAUUGUGUAAUAAGAAGAACUUUGUAUUAUGAGAUGCAACUGGCACACGUUUUACAGGUGUACUUUGAGACUACAAAGCUUUGUUGCUAUUUAUCCCAGGAGGAGGGCGGAACAAAAAGACUGCAACAACUUCAAUGGAUCUUCCUGUUCAGUUUUCCUCAUCAAACCCUUUCCGCUACUUGUUAUGGUACUUCUGUGUCAAUGUGAAAACAACUGCUCACAUUUCCUCCAUAAAGGGCCACGUGUAAAAGACUCGCAAACAUGGAUAUUUAUACACUCAAUAACUCAUGGUGUACACACCCCAGCCUCAACAGACAGAGGUUUCAACCCAAGGACCUUGUUUUGUUUGUUUAUAUAUGUGUUUGUGUGCGUGUCAGGUGGUGAUAUCUGUUUAGCCAUGCACCCCUUUGGAAUGCCCCCUUCAGUGGCCCGUGACAUGGAAACACACUGGCCUCAUUAGCGACAUUUCAACAAUUAUAUUGUCACACAUUUUUACCGGUUUGUCCUCCACUCCUGGCUGUUCCCUUUUUUUGGCAAUGGAAAUCAAACAAUCGCUUURGAAAAACAAAAUCGUAAUUGAAAACGAAAAACAACCCGACUCAAUUAAGGAUGUGCAAAACAGUGUUUUUUAAUUGGAGGAGAAAAUUGAAGAGGGGUGGGUGGAAGAGAGGGUGUUCUGUAGGGAGGGUUCGACUGGGGUUGAACGGGUAUGACCAUGGCCAUUUCAAUGUAGAGUUGUGUUAGUCUUUUUGACUGUUUUUGACUGUCAGGUGGAGGGGUUGUACAAAUUAUGAUUUGUUAGACUUGUGUGUUACCCAUUGUUAUGGUUAUGGAACUUUUUUAUUCCCACUGAUGUACUAAGACUACUGGAUGCAAAAAUCAAACUAUUUUUCCUUUAUUUAUUCUUGAAGAUAUUCUCCGGUACUUGAGUAUACUUUUUAGCCAGGAUUUCUCAAAGUAACGCCCACGAGCCAAAGGUGGUCCAUGAAUAUUGCGUACUGUGUCACAUAUGUGCACCACGUCAUUGCUUGCUCUCUCGCUCUAUUGUGUGUGCGUCUUGCUAGCUGUCACUCAAAUGGCGACGGGCUGAAACUCUAAUUGCUAGGGGGGGUAGAUGUAAGCAAAAUGGCGGCUCACAUUUUCCUGAAAYGUCUCUUACAAACUUGGGGUUUCAUGGCCAAUUGAGGAAACAGUCAUUCUGCUCAUAUAUUAUGCAUGUAUGAACUACACAAUACUUGCUACUCGCCAAAGUGCCCYAUCAUGUCUUUAACCUAACAGGAGUUUAUUUUUACAGAAUGUUUUGAAAGUGCAAGUAUUCACUGCACCUCAGUCUUCACCCUAUGAAAUCAGGCCUAAUACUGAAAAAUAACCUCGGUGAUAUAGGCUCAACUUCACGUUAUAACCCCCCCCCCCC